GCUAACGCUAAAAAGAUAUUGUCCGUUCCGUAUCUUCUUGUGAAUGACUUUGAGUUUCUAAAGUCUCAAAAGUUUCAAAAAACUUGGGAGAAAUAUCGCACCUCACUUGCACGUCCAUACCGCUCUUACCAUACUUAUCCCAAAGCAGAACUCGACCUUCGCUGUGUUGCUUUUGCUUCAGUUACUGUAUUUAGCCUCCCUUUAAACAACUUGGCACCAGCUUUCCAAAACAUCAAGGAGCUUAUCAUCCAUCCAUCCAUUCCUAUCCCUAUCCUUAUUCGUCUUCACUUCUUCCCUCCCCAUACAUUUUUGCCGAAAGUUGGAUCGUAUUGCUUGGGUCUGGAAUUCUAUAUCCACUUAUCCUCAGUGUCCACCGUCCUCCACCAAGUUUUUGCAAUUGCGGAUAUUAUUGCGUAUUAAAUUUCCAAAAGAUCCACCAAGACCGCCAUUACCCGCGCAUGACGGUUGUUGGAUCGGAACAAAGGGAACAAACAACCUCGGAUUUGCUAUAGAAAGAAACAAUUGCUCAAGAACCUUUUACCCAAGAACAUUUGGGAAUGAAGUUCGGUCAGCAAUUUCAGGCGGACUCUGUGCCACAAUGGGCGCCAUGUAAGUCUGAAACAUUUCCUUUUCAUUGGAUGUGAUGCCGCAAUGUUAUGACGCAAAUACUGACAAACAACUUUUUCGCUCUGCAAUUAGACAACCUGGAUUAUGAUGAAUUGAAGAAUUUGAUAAAACACAAUACUACGAGGAACUCGGGGAAAUCAAUUGCGAUUCCAGGUCAUGUCGAUACUGCUUUGGUCGCAUUCGAGAAUGAAUUCUUUACGGAGUUAUCCAAUCAACAUGAUCGGGUUGAGCUGUUUGUAAAGAGCAAGAGUGAGGAAAUUGGUCGCAGACUUCGUGAGUAUAGGGUUGAGUCGGAUUUUGAAAUGGUCGACAUUAAUUGAAUAACAGAAUAUUUAUCCAACAUUGUCCUUCGAUUACUUGCAAGAUGUGCAGAAAGCAACAGUGGGCGGAUGACGAGAAAGAGGAUGAAUAAAUUCUCCAAAUAUACUACUCAGAUUGAAAGCUGUGGAGAUGAUCUUUCCAAAUUGGAUCGAUUUGUCGAAGCGCAGCGUGUCGCAUUCUACAAGUUAUUGAAAAAAUAUACGGUAGGAAAAGCUACAUAUAGUACCAACAAUACGAGAAUCCAUCUGACGUCAUUAGAAAUGGACCGGAUCUCGAACCCUCAAGGAACGAUUUGAAUCAGAGGUAUUAGGAGAUCCAAAAAGCUUCACGAGGCAAGACUUCGCUCGGCUACAUUCACAGUACAACGAUCUCAUAACCCUUAUCCGAGCUUCUACUCCAGUAACCAGCGGACCGUCUACUCCAAGUAUGGGUUCAAUAAGGGAAAGUCUCAACCGUGCUCCAACGCGCACACAACAACGAUCGCCGCCUCGACAAACAUAUUGGAACGAAUACGAUAACGGAAGCGAUGUCGAUCAAGACGAACCAUAUUACAUAUACGCAGACCCGAAUGAGGGAAUGACAUUUCCUGGCGCAGAAGUUGUUGCAAGUGCGAUUAGACGAACAAAGCAAGGAAUGGAGAAGGUCAAAGACUGGUUCACGCCCCAUCAAUCAUCACAAAAUCGCGAACGGGAGCCACUAUUGGGGGAUCAGGAUGGGGGAUACUUUCAGCGAAGCCCGAACGGAACAGCCAGUGGUUCAGUAACCGAUGUGGAUGAAGAAGCCUAUGCUUCCUCGGCGGAUUUCCCUCGCGGAUAUGUUGCGCACUAUGCUACCUUUCCUAGCGUGGCCGAUCAAAGAUUAAGUCAGUUCCAGGAACAAACUCUGUUAUUCACCAUGAUUGCUUGCUUUUUCUUUUCGGCAUUCUCUGAAGCCGCAUCUACACUUCUCCUUGCAACAGGACGCCACAAAUUGAGGACAGAGGUUGACUUGGGCGCACUCAUGGGCGCCUUGCUGGGAUUUUGUCUAGCUGCUGGUGGAUUGAUUUGCAUGGCAUGUCGAAAUGAAAACCUUGGAUGGAUCCAUCGCGGAUCUGUGCUUAUCACCACAGCUGUUUUGUUGAUUGGGAGUAUUAUACUUCUGAUUAUGGUAAUUGGGAAUUAAACCUCUCAUUACGAUCAUUAAAUACUUGAGGCUCAGCGGUAAAAACAACUAGUAAGCAGUAGACAGCAAGCGCAGAACAUUAAUAAGUGGGUGGUUAGCUUAUAUUUCAAGUUUUAGCGCUUGCAAGUACCAUUGCUUGGGGGUUUAGUUUUUUAUAAGGGAUUUCAAUCUCUGUGCUUACUUCAUUGUUUACUUUUACGUUAUUCUAGCGGGCGCAACUUGCAACUUGCAAGUUUCGUUUUCUGUUGAGAUUUGGGAGUACAGCAUGGCGGCUGUGGCUUUAAACUGGGUACGAGGUUUGAUUAAGUGAUUGAUGGGACGAUGCGACAGGUGGAAGGUGGAAGGUCCUUACUUAACGACCUAAUGCUUUAGAAUUGCAUUUUUAUCAUAUAGAAGGAUUGGGAUUGGAGUACGCAUCGAUUGGAUGGACGAAUGGAUUCAUUGACUUGAAGAGGCGCAACUGGGUGUAAUAAGAGAGGAAUGAUGUAUUUUCUUCAGUUGGUCUUGAUUGCAUUGAGCGGAUUGGAGUUUCUGAUUUCAGCGAGGUUGUCAGUUUGUAAGUAAUGUCGAAUGUCACAGCAGCGCGCGCGCUAUAUGGUAUAACGCGAUGACAAUGGUGAAUAGUGUAGUAUAGUUAGUACCUAGCGUUGGAUUAAUGCAUUGAAUGUUUAUGAAAUGAAAUCUUUUCCUCGUAUGAAUGAUGGCUG